AUGACGAAUAUGGGAGGCCAGACUCCCGAGAAUUGGAGCCAGCCGGGAUAUAGCGACGAUUCCCUUAAUGACCGUAUGAAACCCGACCAAGAAUAUGUAAAUGCGCGACCUGGAAUGACAGGUCAAACCUACAGGACAGACUCUAGUUUUAGCAUUCUGUCGGUCGCAUCGUCCCCCUGGGAACACAAACUCAACGAGAAACAUAUUCGCGAUGUCCCCACGAACACCGAGACCGUUAGAUACUUUGACCCUCGCCGGCAGACACGGAGAGUCUUCAUCGACUGCCUGAAGAUGUGGUUUUGGACUGCUGGAAUUUGUGGCGCCCUCGCAGGCACCAUGUACGGCUUUUCCACCAUCAAGACCGGUCUCUCGCAGACGCAGAAGUACGUUUACAACGCCAUGAUCACCGGCCUCUCCAUUGUGCUUGGCCUUGCCUUUGCUGCACAGUUCAAGCAGUACGCCGAGAUGAUGCGUUGGAGAUUUCUCGCAUCGCAGUAUCGGACCAUUCAAGACUUCGAAGACGUUCUCGGGUGCGAUAGUUACCGAAGUACCCUGCGCAUUAUGUGGAGAGGUCGGCGCCCAGGCACAUGGUACCCGAGCAAAGCCCAAGUGGUUGCUUUUAUUUGGCUUCUCAUCUUCGUGGCCUUCAACACCUUUGCUGCCCUUCUCGGGUUGACAUAUUCCAUCGAUGUGUCGGAUGAAUUUGUAUCCGUCGGUAAAGGCCUUGUCAGCGUCGCCGACCUUCAAUACAUUGCAAGCCAACCACAACCCGACAAUGGCAGGGACUACGAGCCAGAGUUUCAAAAAGCCGCCGCGAAUCUCUGGGGCCAGGUGGGUCAGAAUUUUCCUGUAGUCACGGCAACGCCCGACGACUACAGUGCUGGAUUGAAUGUGUUCACAACUCCGGCAAGGGACCAAUGGUGGUACCGUUUCGUUGACUUGGGGCCCGACCUCAAGACAAACGUCGCUUCUUCAAGGACCGUCACCAGCCAAGCGCAAUGCGAGGAGUAUACAGUCAUUUUCGGUGGAUAUGCCGGAUUCAAUACCGAUAACAUCACACUGCUGAAUACAGUCCAGUGGGUGGACAACUAUGGCAAUGUAUUUUCCGAAGACGUGGAAAACGUGGCGACUGGGUUGACGACUUGGAUGGGAAAUUCCACCAGCGAAGGCGUCGGCUGUGGCCCCCGAUGCAGCCAGAUCCUGGCGCUACAAUCAGCCAAUAACGGAACAGUACCGAAUCCCCGUCUGUGGGCAUGCAACAAUACGGUUGGGCAGGUGGAAGGUAUCGACGAAAGUGGCUUUAGUGAUCCGACCCUCCUCAACCUGCCCGACGACCAAGCCUUCUACCUUGCAGGUUCAAUUGGCUGGACCGGCGUCGAGACCGAGGGUGACGACCUCCAGUUCUUCCUUUUCGACGGAGACACUCCCUUCAAUCCGGCCGGCAACGCCACGGCGCAGUCCAUGGCGGAGCUAGUGAUGAAAUUCACAGUCGGGGCGCUGGCGGCGAUGGACUUGAUGGGCGGACCACGCCAGAACCUCACGGGCGAGUCCAGCCCCAGUCCGGCGCAGGUCGUCAACGUGAAAUGGGUCAACGCGGGCGCAAUCCUGGCCGGCAUUCCCCUCGUCCAGUUCUUCCUGCUCGUCGGCGUCGUGUGGUUCUCUGGGAAGGCCAUCAUCCUCGAGCCCAGCUACAUGACCGCUGCGCACCUGCUGUACCCCGUCAUCAAGAAGGUCGGCAAGGACGGCUGCCUCUUCACCGUCGACGAGAUGGCCGAGAGGCUGGGCAGCAAUUACAAGAUAGCCUACGGGGUCCGUCCCGAUCCCGCCGACCCCGGUCACCACGACACCACUUUCGUCCGUGACCUGGACGUGAUUGAGGAGAGAGAAGGGUACGGCUACAUUCGUGGCGCCUUCCCCGAGGGGAGGUAUGACUGA